GCAGGGGCCGCUUCCCCCCGCCUCGGCCCGGGGCGCCGAAUGGCCGCCACCGCCUAGCGCUGGGCCUGCGCCGCCGCCUCCUCCUCCUCCUCCUCCUCCUCCUCCUCCUCCUCCUCCUCCUCCUCGUCAGCCGCCGCCAUGGGCCGCGAGUCCAGGCAUUAUCGGAAGCGCUCCGCGUCACGUGGACGCUCCGGCAGCCGGUCUAGAAGUCGUUCUCCGUCUGACAAAAGAGGAAAACGUGGCGAAGACAGACGCUCUCGGAGCAGAGAUCGAGAACGCAGACGUGAGAGGUCACGCAGCAGGGACAAGAGAAGGUCUCGAUCGCGUGACAGGAAGCGUCAAAGACGUUCAAGAAGCAGAGAGAGGGAACGAAGUCGGGAGAGAAGAAGAUCCCGGAGCCGAGAGAGAAGGCGCUCUAGAAGCAGAAGUAGAGGUAGACGGUCUCGAUCUCCCAGCCCAAGCAAGAACAGGAAGACAGAAAACAGAUCAAGAUCUAAAGAAAAGACGGAAGGUGUGGAAGUUUCCAAAGAAAAGAAAAAAGAGAAAGAGGACAAAGAAGAAGAGAAGGAUAAAGAUGCUACUGCAUCUACCGUGGCCACUGAGAAUUUUGAUCAGAACAAACUAGAAGAAGAAAUGAGAAAACGAAAAGAAAGAGUGGAGAAGUGGAGGGAAGAACAACGCAAAAAGGCUAUGGAAAACAUUGGAGAACUGAAAAAAGAAAUUGAAGAGAUGAAACAGGGAAAAAAGUGGAGUUUGGAAGAUGAUGACGAUGACGAAGAGGAAACCGCAGAAGGAGAAAAAGAAGGCAAUGAGGUUGAAGAUGAAGAGUUAGAUCCUUUGGAUGCUUAUAUGGAAGAAGUAAAAGAAGAAGUCAAGAAAUUCAAUAUGAGGAGUGUGAAAGGUGGAGGUGGAAGUGAGAAGAAAACUGGACCAACAGUUACCAAAGUAGUAACCGUGGUGACAACCAAAAAGGCAGCUGUAGAGACAGAAAAGAAAAAAGGGGAGCUCAUGGAGAAUGACCAAGAUGCAAUGGAGUAUUCCUCAGAAGAGGAGGAAGUUGAUCUUCAGACUGCCCUAACUGGCUAUCAGACCAAGCAGAGAAAGCUUCUAGAACCAGUGGAUCACGGAAAGAUAGAAUAUGAGCCCUUCAGGAAAAACUUCUACGUUGAAGUACCAGAACUUGCUAAAAUGACUCAAGAAGAGGUGAAUGUGUACCGACUGGAGAUGGAGGGAAUAACAGUCAAGGGAAAAGGCUGCCCCAAACCAAUAAAAACCUGGGUACAGUGUGGUAUUUCCAUGAAAAUUCUCACUGCUCUCAAAAAGCAUGGCUAUGAAAAGCCCACGCCCAUUCAGAGCCAGGCUAUCCCAGCAAUUAUGAACGGUCGCGACUUGAUUGGCAUUGCUAAAACAGGAAGUGGAAAAACAAUUGCAUUUCUGUUGCCCAUGUUCAGGCAUAUUAUGGAUCAGAGAGCUUUAGAAGAAGGAGAAGGUCCCAUAGCUGUCAUUAUGACACCUACUCGCGAGUUGGCUUUGCAGAUUACCAAGGAGUGUAAGAAGUUCUCAAAGACCCUUGGACUUCGAGUUGUCUGUGUUUAUGGAGGAACAGGAAUCAGUGAACAGAUAGCUGAACUCAAAAGAGGUGCUGAAAUUAUUGUUUGCACACCUGGACGUAUGAUUGACAUGUUAGCAGCUAACAAUGGUCGGGUGACAAAUCUCCGCAGAGUCACGUAUGUUGUCCUUGAUGAAGCAGACAGAAUGUUUGACAUGGGUUUUGAGCCUCAGGUUAUGCGCAUUGUAGACAACGUCAGGCCUGACCGUCAGACUGUCAUGUUCUCUGCUACUUUUCCCAGAGCCAUGGAGGCAUUAGCUCGGAGAAUCCUAAGUAAACCUAUAGAAGUGCAGGUUGGAGGCAGAAGUGUUGUCUGCUCUGAUGUGGAGCAACAUGUUAUUGUCAUAGAAGAGGAGAACAAGUUUUUAAAGUUACUAGAGUUACUGGGGCACUAUCAGGAGAAAGGAUCUGUUAUCAUAUUUGUAGACAAACAAGAACAUGCUGAUGGGUUGUUAAAAGAUUUAAUGAGAGCUUCUUAUCCCUGCUUGUCUCUUCAUGGAGGUAUUGAUCAGUACGACAGGGACAGCAUAAUUAAUGAUUUCAAGAAUGGAACUUGCAAACUUCUGGUGGCCACAUCUGUAGCAGCAAGGGGCUUGGAUGUAAAACAAUUGAUGCUGGUGGUCAAUUACAGUUGUCCCAACCAUUAUGAAGAUUAUGUGCACCGAGCAGGCCGAACUGGACGAGCUGGCAAUAAAGGAUUUGCAUAUACGUUCAUUACUGAGGAUCAGGCACGAUAUGCUGGUGAUAUCAUUAAGGCUUUGGAAUUGUCCGGGAAUCCGAUUCCCACUGAUUUGGAGAAGCUCUGGGCUGACUUCAAAGACCAGCAGAAGGCUGAGGGAAAGCUGAUUAAAAAAAGCAGCGGAUUCUCUGGCAAAGGUUUUAAAUUUGAUGAAACAGAACAGGCUUUGGCUAAUGAAAGAAAGAAGCUGCAGAAAGCAGCUCUUGGCUUGCAGGAUUCAGAUGAUGAAGAUACAGCUGUUGAUAUUGAUGAACAAAUCGAAAGCAUGUUCAAUUCAAAGAAAAGAGUAAAAGACAUGGGUACACCAGGAUCAUCGAAUGCUCCUACACCAUCAGCUGGCAAUGCAGAAAAAUUGGAGAUUGCUAAAAGAUUGGCUUUGAGAAUCAAUGCCCAGAAGAACCUUGGAGCAGAGGCACAAGUAUUUGUCCCCUUCCACUUCAAGGUAACAUCUUUACAGAGCAAAUUUUAUUUAUUUAUUUAAAUGUUGUGUAGAUUGUGUUCAGUUUGUUUGUUUUGUGGAUGUAGUUUUAUGUAGUGUUUCUUCACUUCUAAUGUAAUACUGCAUUAAUUAGCACUUUUGUUCUGGGCUAACUCAGUAACAAGUUGUAGGAUUUGUAAUAGAACUCAGGCUUUGUCUGCCCUGGCAAAAAGUUAAUUGUGUCAUUUUAUAAGUAAUUAAUUAGGUUCUGUCAGCUUUAGCAAGGUUGCAGAAUAUCUUUCUCUGCUGAACCGUGUAAUAUAUGGUCUGGACUUAGGUUAGUGUGGUGUGGAUGUCCAAAGGUAUUUUGAGCUGAAGGUGCAGAAGACCAGUCAGAUCUUACCUGUGCAGGUGUGAGGGUUAGUUAUUGAGAAGAAAAGAAAAAGAA